AUGAAUGCGUCUAACGACGAUGAGCCAGGGAACUUCUGUUCGAUACCAGACGCACCGAUUCUCGAUCUCUCGGAUCCCAGUAUCGCAGCUCGCUAUGAGUACGACUCGGUUCAGAGCGCCCUUGUCACGAUCGUCUACCCAUGCAUCUGCCUAUUCGGUAUUCUGACUAACUCGAUAUUUCUGCUGACGGUUAUUCGGGUACCGUACAUGAAGAGCAUAACCAACAUCUAUCUGAGUAAUCUGGCAGUAUCGGAUAUCAUGUUCCUGUCAACAGCUUUUCUCACAGGUGCCGGCUUGAGCCUGUGGAAGUACCUAUCGAAACCAGUAACUACUGAUUUUUCUAUAUUUGGUGGAGUCCUCGGCUGUUUAAUCACGCAAGCGCUAAACUCGACACCGUUUUUUGCUUCAACAUUACUUGUAACAGUCGUGGCGGUAGAAAGAUACCUUGCCAUCUGCCGACCAAUUGAACACCGGAAAAUCAACUCUAGAGGGCGCGCUUUUACCCUUAUCGCAGCCACUUGGGCGGCUGCUUUUUGCUGCGAAGCGUUUCUCCUCCCGUCCUAUUCUGUUUACACCUCUAGUUGCGUCAUGUGGCCUGACGACCACUAUUUCAAGGAAUUCCCCAGAACCAUCGGAAGUUGUUUCACCCCGGCGCUCUGGACAAAGGUACUGGCAGCUUUUGUUCUUACUGUACCCAUAGUUUUCGCUUUCAUCUUCACUUUCGUGCUAUACUUUCUGAUAGUACGAAAACUGGGCAAGCGGAUUGGUAAGCGGGCACCCAGCGAGCAGUCUUCGAAUCGCGCGAAGUCUCGUCGCACGAGAAAUCACGUGGCUAAGAUGCUGAUUAUCGCUGGUACCGUAUUCUACAUCCUCCUGACUCCUCGCACAAUAGUGAUCCUUUAUUACUAUAUAAAGUUUUUCGCUGGUACCACGGGGCUUCCCCCGGGUGUAGAGUUUAUACUAGUCACUUCAACCAACAUUCUUCUAUAUGUUAAUUCUGUGACAAAUCCUAUCAUUUAUGUAUUUUCAAACAAGCGUUACCGAACGGCUGUUAUACAAGCAUUUUACCCAGGUUCAAAAGUUAUCACGGUUUCUCAUUAAACAGUUUUCUUAUCUCGCAAAAUAUACGCGGUUGCGAAAAAGAAAAAGUUUUUGUAAAAAGAUAAAGGAAAGUAUUUGUGAUUUUCAAAUUGAACAAAAAUUCGCAAACAAAGACUAGCGUGGUUUCAACCGUGACAUCAUGAUUGGGCGCCUUGCGUAUGUUGUAGAAUGAUUCGUUUCGAACAUAGGACCAGGCAGGGAUAGGGUGUUGA